UAGAAUGUGGAUCACUGGUUUGGCAAUACUGAUUAUGUAUCGUUUAUAUGCUGUAGCUGAGAGUAUGUGUGUGGUGUAGUGUAUCGCGUCAUUUGUGAAUACUUUCGGUGUUCUAGCACAUAAUAGCGUUGUUGCGAAUGGCAGGUACAGUGGUUAUGUUUUAUAUUCUGGCAAACAUUGUAGUGGUUUGAACGAUAUUGUGUUCUAUAGUGUCCACAACUUUUUAACCGCCUACAGGACCGAAGAUUUCAGACAUGUUGGGAUUUUUGCUGCUGUUAGCAUCCUGGGACUACACAGUAUUAUAGUGCAAGACACUACAAUCCAAAAAUAUUAAUAUGAAUUCUAUCCAUGAAUGGCUGGAAGAAAGGGAAUUAAGGAUGUCUGAAGCAGAGAGUGAACAGUUCUCACUGCGCUGGAACAAUUUCCAUAGUAAUCUUGCAUCUGGCUUCCAUGCUUUAUUACAAGGAGAGGACCUUGUGGAUGUUACACUAGCUGCAGGAGGCCAGUUUGUUCAGGCUCACAAAAUAGUACUGUCAGUUUGCAGUCCAUACUUCAAAGAUCUGUUUAAGGUGAAUCCUUGCAAGCAUCCCAUAGUGAUUCUGAAAGAUGUUUGCCACAAAGAUCUUGUUGCUAUCCUCCAGUUCAUGUAUCGUGGAGAAGUCAAUGUACGACAAGAAGAGCUAGGAACAUUCAUCAAAACAGCUGAGAUGUUACAAAUUAAGGGACUUACCGAAGAUUCUCCUAAUGAGGAAGAAAAUGUACCAGCCCCACUGCCAUGUGCUAGAAUGAGAUUACCACGCAGGGUAUUAGAAAAGACGCCACAGUUAGUACGUGGUACACCAGAGAAGAAGCAACCCUUAGUUGAUUCUGUAACCAUAGAGCCUGAAGAAACCUCUACACCUCCUUAUAAACGGAUGAGGCCAGAAGUAUCAAGUGCAGUAGUUAGUUCUCCAGUUGUAACUGAGGAAUCAUCUGGGAUAGAAUUUCUUGAAAUGACAAGUCCAAAACAAGAACCAGUGGAAUAUGAGACUGAAAUUAAAGAGGUUGAGAGGUUACAGAAUAGAGACGAUCCUCUGGUACAGCUGUUUGGAGGAGAGAGUAGUCAGACUCUUCAGGACUCAUCACAAGGUUCUUCAAUAUUUGCCAGCAUCCCUAGUGCAUCACAAGACUCUGGGCUUCCACAAGACAGCGGCCAAGCAUUUCAGGAGAACACAUCCCUUCCAUCUUCAGGUGAUCCUCAUGUCUUAGUAAACCUCUGUGGGAAGGUAACACUACACAGAUUUAACUUCUACAUGAAGGUGGAGGUUAUGUUUUCCUUCAAAAUGUUGGUAGCCACCCAUGAGAAUAUGUGGCAUCACAACCCAGAAGACCACAAUUGAUAUGUUCACUGCUGUGAGAGCCUCAAAUUUCAGAUUAAUUAUGGAAAACCUUGUGUUGAUGAAUAUUAAAUGAUCAUUUUUGUUUUUCUCUUUCUGAAAGACUAAGCUUUGAGUCCUGUGCUUAGAAUAAUAAGUAAAGAAACUUUGUUGUAAUUAAUGGAUAGCAUUAGUAUGUCGGUAAGUCAAAAAGUAUCUUCUGUGUCAUUAAAAUUCACAAAAUACACAACUCACAAUUGCAUACUUUUCAACAUAGUCCCCAUUCUUUUCACUGCAGUUUAUCCAGUGUUGCACAGAGAAAAAUGUUUUAGCCAUGCAACAAGCUUCACAUGUAUUUCCUCUUUCUUUUAAUUGUCGCUGGCAAAACAACAGCCUCUAGAAGUAUACUUGAGGGGUCCAGACAAAUGAUAGCCGGACAGGGCAAAGUCAUUGUUGUAUGGUGGAUAUUCUGGGACCUUAUAUAGUGCAGCUGCUCAAGUGUGGGCAGCACAAUUCUUGGUGGUUCUGUGUUGGGGUUUAUAACACUCUUUUUUCUGUAAAAGAGGGAUGCUGGAAUAAAUCAUAUUUUUGCAAGUGUGUGUUCUCACCACAAUUGCAUGUUUCAUAAUCUAUUAAAUAUUUUAAUAAACCAUUGUCACAUCAGGCUCAAAUCUCCAAUGUAGUUGCUUAUGUCCCUAUUAAAUUGAUGAAUCUUAUUGAUAAAAGUACAAUUUAUUGUGCCACCACACAGCACAUAAGGCCCUGAAAGAUACAGUUUAUGUUCCCAUUAUGGUACAUUGGCCUGAUAAAGGUAUAUUUUGAUACUCUUUUCACAUUGAAAUAUGUUGGUUGCCUGUGGUCUGUUAGGAUAGCUACCUGUCUGAGUUUUGUCAAGCCUGCCCAGAAUUUUUAAAAUUGUAUGUUUGUUUUUAAAGUGACCAGACACUUUAAAAAAAUAUCACUUCUGUUUUGUAACCUGCUGUGUAGCAUUGAAAAUGCUGACAGUGCAAUGGUUUGUGUGAAUUGUUCUGAUAAAUUAUUUUGUGAAUAUGACAGAAAUGGAGGUGGGUAGAAUUAAUUUUAUUGGGUUAAUGGAGAGAGGAGUGGUUAGAAGUAAUCCAUAUUCCGUCAUUUUUGUAACGUUCCUACUACAAUUUCUGUAGACUGUACCUCUAUCUAUAGCUAAAGUCUUGGAUUGCCUUGAAUGCUAUGAUGUAGUUUGUAGGUGCAGGGAUAAAUUUACCUUUACCAUUUCUUAAGUCAGAACAGCCAGUCAGUAAAGCAACAGGCUACAGGUUGAAUGACUGGGAUUAAAUUUCUGGCAAGGGCAUAAAUGUCUCUCUUCACAACCAUGUCCAAACCAGCCAAGGCUAACACGUUUGGUAUUAGGAGCACUUUCCAAAAUGAUAAAAACAGCUGAAGUGUGAAGUUGAUCACUCAACUCCUACAAAUAGUGUUGAGAUCUAGAAUAUUUUAAUCUUUGCUUUUGUACCCCCACCGUCUUCUUGCUAUUGUGUUUAGGCAUAGGGACGUUAUAUAUGACUAUGCCAAUAUUUCCCAUGCAUAUUUUACACGCUAUAACUGAUGUCCAUACACACAUUUAACUUCUAGCAUCUGUGUGUCAUUUCUUGUGCAUAAUCCAGCUGUGUUACUCUGUCAUACUGCUAAACCAUGAAGUUCGGAGUUAAAGGUUGGCCAGCAGCCCCAUUUGUAUAAAUCUGCAGCAUUUUGUUUAUUCUGCUGUUUUUGUCUCUUGGUGGGAUUUGCUUUAAAGCAUACCUUGUUGUUUAGGUUAUGUAACAUGUUGAUGGACUGUAUAACAUAUUCAAAUUGUCAUUACAACAUGCAUCUGCAGUUUAGACUUGCUAGUGACUUCUGCUAUCUGGCAUUUGCAAAUUGUUGAAAGUGUUCUGUAUUACAUUAUAAAUCUUCUUACUGGAGUCACUGAUGUCAUAAGUGGAUAUAAUGGGUAUUGUGGGAGCAUAAAAUGUCUGGAGCAGGUCAGCUUUACAGUCAAAACAAAGGUUUGUUUUAGUGGGGUAGACAAUUUUACAGUUGCCUGUUAUAUCUAAAACUAGGAAGCUGUGAUGCUGAUUUCAUCAUUCAAGCCAAACAGGUAAGUUGGAUUUUAGGUUUUCUUGGCAGUGAAUCUGCAGAUGGCUGUCUUUUGGGUUGUAGCACCAUGUAGUCUGGCAUGAGUUUACCAACAUUUCAGAGGUUCCUGCUACCUCCAUUUUCAGUGUGGCAUUGUUCAACUUCUACUAUACUACAUGGUGCUACAACCCAGAAGACAACCAUCUUCAAACAGGUAAGUUGUUUGUUGUAUUUACACAUAUGGUUACUGAUUAGUUGGGUCAUUGUGAAUUGAUUUUUGCUGCUGUUUCCUAACCCAUAUCUUAAUUGUUGUACCAGGACUUUAAAAAGUCUCUUAAAUUAUUAAAUAUUAGCAUUAAACCUUUAUAAACUUUAAUAUGAAAGUGUGUUUAAGUUUUUGUAAAGUGUAUACCGCUACGAAAAUGCUGACAUCUGAAAACAAAUAUUAACAUCCUUAUGACUAUCAGUAGCAAAAAUUGAAACGUUAGUAUUCUCUAAUAAUUAACCCUUUCGUUGAAAUUGUUUCACAAAAUAUUUUUGUUCUCAAGUCAAAGGCUCAUAGUAUGUAGUAACAUGUCCUAGAAAUAAUUUUCUCCAGAGGAAUAGUUUGGUGUCACUGUUAAAUGUUGCCAUCAUUCUUUACCUUAGUCAACCAGUUCAUGCAGCUACCUAGAAAAUCACCAUAUUUGCCCGAAUAUAAUGAACACCCUUUUUCUUCAGAUGCUUUCAAAACAUUGACUGUGCAUUGUAUCCACACACAACCAGUUCUGUUGGGUAUUUUAAUAGAAAAUACCACCAAAAAUUUGGUUUAAUUGGAAUGUAUAGCUCUUUUUAAUGGGGUAUUUGGAGGGAGACAGCAUUGAAUUUGUGCACUUGCAUUUCUGUGAGGUAUUUUACUAAAAGGUACUACCAAAUAAUUUAAAUAUUUAGUAAAUUUUUCAGGACAUAUUUGGAGGAUAAAAGUGUAUAUAAUAUUUGAUUAAUACAGUCUGAAAUUUUCCUUAUAAGAGCUUUCAAUUUAUGUUGUUCAUAACAAUCAAGCUUCUGCAUCGAUCUUUUGUCUUCCACAGCUAUUUAUGAGUUUCCUGUCUUAUUCUUCAUUCCUUCUGUUUGACAUCUUUCAAGGCAUAUUGUCCUCAUCAUGAUCUGACAUCUUCCUUCUACUUUUAUGUUGAAAAUCUUUUGGAAUUCUCUCUUUAUUCAGUCAUAAAACAUGUUGAUAUAAUCUCUCUUUGUUAUUUGUUAGUUUACCUUCCAAGGUGUUUGCUUUUAUGUUGAUGUUGGUCUUGUGGGUUGCAGUGUCACAUGGACUUGCAGGUAGAUACCAAUGUUUUAGAAGAACAUUCUGCUUCCAUCUUCAGGACUGAGGAGUAUAUUACCUCUAUCUUCAGGGCUUUAGAUGGAAGCAGUAUAUUCCUUAGAAAAGUUGGUGUCUACCUACAAGUUCACACAGUGUUACAACACAGAAGACCAACAUUGAUAUCUUCCCUGUGAUGACAACAUCAGAUCUCAUAUGUUUAGUUUUUGUACUCAGUUUUUUAAUGGCAUAACAGUAGUAAUAAGUAUUGUGAACUGUUUUAGGAUUGUGCUGGUUUAACACAUAUGUGGUAAUUUCUUAGUUAUUUCACUGAAAGGGUUAAUUUUAGCUAUUAUGUAUGAAUUAUAUUAUAUAGACAGUGUGAACUUAUGUUGAUAAACAUAUCUAUCACAAGCUGCAUGUUCACCUGACUGUAAAAAAAUUAAAGAGUAACAAGAAAUUAAAUUACCUUCCUGUUCAGAAAGUGCAUAAUUAAUUAACUUUCAUUUCAUUGUCCGAAAUGGAAGUACGUUCCUCUUACACCACUGUCCCCUAAUGCCAUACUUUCUCAAGUAUGACUCACUUUUCUUUCUUCAAUUUAAUCUUUCAAAAUUGAAUUGUUUGUUUAUGUCUAUUACCCCAGUUUUUGAAAGUUUAAAUUAAAGGAAAAAGUGCAAUAUAUAUGAAGAUACUAUAAUGUAUAUUUUGUGUUAUUAGAGGCUGAAUAAAGUGUGAAAUUGUGUACAAGGACCUCAAGUUAUGGCUUUAUCACAGUAUUCCAUAUUUUAAACUUAAUUACAAUGUAUUUGCUUUGUAUAUAGAGUUUUGUAUAAAUUACAUGCUACACUUCUUGUGGAAGAGACUGAUGGUAUGGAUGAGGAAAAAUAUGUUUUCAAAAUGAAGUUUGUUUGUCAAAAGAAAAAAACCAACAGCAUAGUGAGGUGUCUAAGCAGAUUAGAUUAUUUUAUCUGGAAAAAAUAUGUACAAGACAUGCUGGCAGGUGGUGUGUUUAAUGUUAUUGCAAAUAAAUCAGAUGUUCAAGAAAAUAAGAAGAGAGAUUUUGUUUUUAUAUUUAAAUCGUUUAUGCGCAAAACAUCUCUAGAAGCACUGCAAUGUUUAUUGCAUGUGAGAGCAUUACUAGAAGAUCUAAAAGCAGAAGCCUAUUCAAGCUGGACACUUUUUAAAUGUAUCAUCACUGAGUUGUCACCUCUUAACUUACCUGGUAUGUAUAUUUAAAUAUUUUAGUCAUAGAUCUAGUGUUGACUUGUGGAUUAGGAAUCUCUUGUAAGAAUCAAGGCAUAUGCCUUCCAUUGCAAUGGACAUCACAGGUUGUAAAAUACUAUUCUGCUUUAUGCCGCUUUUGGAACAUGAAAAAUGGUAUAAUUUGUAUGUUCUUAAUUGAAUUUUGACAAAUGUUGAUGUUUCAGAUAAUUCAGAAUCUUUGUAGGAUUCAGAAUGAUAGCUCCCAUUAAUUUAGAUAUUUGCUAUAUAUAUCUUGAACAGCCCAUGUUUAUUUAAGUUCGUUUAGUUUAAUGGCUGUCUGCAGUUGUUGAACAUUGCUGUAGGAAUAUGAAAUAUUAAUACAGGGUUAUUUAUAAUUCCCUGACACAUUAAAAAAAUCGCUUGACUUGAAUGGUGCAAUGGAUGGUAACAUGGGACAUGCCAAUAGAAAAAGAAACUCCAAGUUUAUUUUAUAUACCUCAUAAAUGCUCUGCGUGUUCGCCCUUUGUGAUGCGGCAGACGUCAAGCCAAUACUCCAUUUCCGCCCACCUGCUGCAGCAUGUCACGAUCGAUUUGUGAGAUGGCAGCGAUGAUUCGUUUUCACAAUUCAGGCAGAUCCUGUUGCAGAGGCGGUACAAAGACCUGGUCCUUAACGUACCCCCAUAUGAAGAAAUCACAUGGCGUCAGGUCAGGUGUUUAGGAUGGCCAACAAAGCAGGGCAUGGGUAUUGAGCAUUUAUAAGGUAUGUAAAAUAAACUUGGAGAGUUUCUCUUUCUAUCAGCAUGUCCUAUGUUACCAACCAUUGCACCAUUGAAGUCUAGCGAUAUUUUGUAAUGUGCCAGGGAAUUAUGAAUAACCCUGUAUUAAUGGGUAAUUAACUCUGUAGGUAUGUGUUUGCCAACAGAAACCAGGAUGGAAAUGAAACUAUUUUUUUUGAGAUGCUGAUGAAUGUGCUCUAUUUUUCUUGUUAUUUUAGGGGUUGAUGUAGCAAUAACAUGGAAGGAGUUAGUUUGUAAAUGUGAAGAGAGAAAUUAAUUUUUUAGAUGACACAUGACUGUUUAAAACACAUAAACUGAUUAUUAAAUUAUGCAUGUCAUUUAUCAGUAUUUGUCUGCAAUCGUACACACCAAGCAAUGCAUUUUAGUAUUGUGAACACUAAAGAUGAAAUUUGUUAUCAUGUCUCCAUGUGUUUGAGUUCUGUUUAUAUAGAACAACAGUAAACCUAUUCAAUUAAAAAGAAAAAGAGGUGUAUAAUUGAGCUCAUUGCAGUACAAAAGUUUUUCAAAAUAAAAAUUUAUAAAUUUCUUGAAACAGGUCUCUUAAAGUGAAAGUUCUCAGGGACAAUUCUAAUCCUAUCACAUUGUUUGAAGAGUAAAUUGAUUCCACACUUUUUUGCCUUGAGGAGUGAGUUUGAUACAGUUAUGUGGCUUAAAGAAAUCUACAUGAAGUUAUAAAAUUGAUGGUGUUUGUAGGGAGUAUUUUAUAAUGUUUAUGCUGACAACUUUUCUGUCUUGGAAGACCUGCCAUUUCUCCUAAAUUGCUAGUUGCAGAGAAGUGAGAUUUGGUGUAAAGAAGCUUCAGAUCUACAUAUCUGCUGGGAGUUUUGUGCUGUGUUUCUCUUAUUAUUCCUGUCCAUCUAUUUCUCACUUCAUACACUUCAAUUUCUUCCCACGGUGUUGCUCUGUGUGACAUCUUUCCUAACCAGUUGUUCCCCUCUUGAUACCUGUGCUGCAUUUAUGGAAUGAAUUUAUAGCAAUUAAAAAUAUUAUUAUGUUUUGAAUAAAUUUUAUUGAUAUUCUCUGUGAGUAUCUAGAUUUGAAUUUAAGCCAACUGGAAAUAUUUUAUUUCUUUUUAACAAUUUCAUUAUUUAUAUACAUUCAUACACCUUGAGAUGUGCUGGAGAAUGAAGACAACCUUGUGGUUAGUGGACAACAGAGCCCAGACACAUUCUUUGUUGUCCGGUCAUAGCCUUUUAUAUUUGUAAUGAUUUUUUCAAGAUCAACACUGGAAUGAUGAUUUAGCAGAUGAGUACCAAUGUAUAUUGAGAAACAGUGUAAGUAAUAAUAUAAAACUUACUGACUACUGAAGCUUAGUUGUGAUUGGUAUAUUAAAGAUACACAACAAUUUAUGCACAUUGUUGAUGAAUCCACUAAUUUUAUUGGUUGUAGUUAACUAUUGUUAAGAACAGUUGUGUAUUAUUAUCAUCUUCACUUGAUGGGCUGGGCAUCUGUGCUUGUUCUCUCUUAAGCUAGUUCUCCCUUUCAGCUUAUAUUGAUUUAGGCAGCUGUGUUUCAUUCAUUCUUGAUAAGUAAUUACCCAUUUUAGCUCAUAUUCAACCAAUUUAUAUCUUAUUAAAAAUAUGUAAUUAUUUUAUAUUUUCAUGUCUAAUUUUGUAGUCUUAUACAUUUUUCAAAGCUCAUAAAAAUUUUAUUUCUGCAGAUUGUAUUUUGGAAUGUUCUGCCUUUCCUACUACUCAUGU